AUGGCCUCUCCAUCUUCAAUUAGUACCCGUUUGGAAGAAAACGACACCGAUUGGCACUAUGGAACUCGAGCAGCAAAACGACAUAAGCGAGCCUCGAUUGCGAGCGCCUCAAAGCCAUCUCCCCGCGAGAUCGGCUUUAUGAGAGAAUCUCAGAAUGACGGCUGCGCCAGUUUUCUCGGAAGUUCAAGCGGAAUUCAUUUCAUUCGACAUGUGUAUAGUGCGUUCGCACGCCGUUCGGCAGAUCUUCAGCAGAACAGAGCUCGGGAUAGGAGUUCAGUGCCCGGAGAAGACGACCGAUUGCAACGCGACCCCGGGAACUAUUUCGACACUGAUGAUUUAUGGUUAAAUGAAGAACUGGACUCGUCAUUAAAUAGCUCAUUCUCAUUUGAGAAUCUUGUCCAUUGGACUCGUGGCUACUUUGAGAACUGGCAUCCCAUAUUCCCCUGCUUGCAUGCACCGACCGUCUUAAAAGCCAUGGAAACCCUUGCCCACCAAGGUGUGAAUUCUAUCAGCAAUCUCGACCUAACUAUUAUUCGCUGUCUUGUUUCAAUAUCCUUGUCAGAUAGUCGACAGAUUGAGGCUCGCGAGCUAAAGAUAGGGCCGGUUCCCACCUCUUUAGUGUUUCAAAGUGUGCAGCACAUAAUGCAAGAGAUACAUUGUCUACUAGCAGAGCCAACAACAUUACCGUUAUUACAAGCUGCCUUCACAGCCCAGUUGACGUUGGCUUCUAUCCUCCGCCUUAAUGCGGCAUCUCGCGCGGGAGGAGUAAUCACACGAUCUGCUUUUCACCUAGGUCUACACCGAUGCCCAGGAAGAUUCGCAUGCUUCAGCAACGAAGAGAUCGGCAUUCGAAGACGUCUAUUUUGGUCUAUUUACUCUCUUGAGAGAUAUUUAUCGCAAGCUCUGGGGGCCCCUCUCAGCAUCCGGGAUGACGACAUUGAUGUUUGCUACCCGGGAGCUGAAAGACAUGUUGCUCCAACUUCCCGCCCUCCUGAUACCCAGCGCCUAAAGUUACUCUCCCACCUUGCGAAAUUUGCCAGAAUUAGAGGAUUGAUUCUUGAGCUGCGUAACAAAUCUAUUCUGCAUAGCAACUCUGGUGCGAUGGAGGCAUCACAUGUUAACGGCGAGCUUUCACAAUGGUGGAACGAAGUUUACGACGAUGUAAACCCUAUCGAGGAAGAUUUAAAUGUUGAGCUUGAAGAUGGACCGGCACUCGCUCCAUAUCACCGCCUUUUACUGGUGGUACUACGCCACGAAGCAAUAAUUUCUAUGAACAGACCCCUUCUUGCGGCUGAGAAGCCUAGCCCAGACUACAAGAAUGCUUUGCAAACUUGUAUUGGUUCUUCAAGGUCUUUGCUUGCUGCUUUAAAGAAGUACAUGUCUUCUUCAUCUAGCGCCCCACUCACCUGGCCAUCUUUUACCUGGACAACGUGGAUGGCAUGUCUCAUUUUGAUGUAUGCAUCAUGCGAAGGCGAAUUUCCUGUUUCAACGGCCAUGAAAUAUGCUGCAAUGGGAAUUUCCAUACUAAAAAAUAUGGCACUUCGCGGUAGCAGCUGGCCAGAAACAUGUAUUGAGGCGAUCGGAAGCAUGGAGUCGGCUUUGCUGUCAGAUAAUUCCGGUUCUCACAAUGAUCCCUCACCUAAUCUUCCCGAUGCCGAGAAACUUGCCCUCCAGAAUCAAGCGAGGCCUUCAACAUUCGAUGGCAGAUCCGCUCGUACCAGGAACCAUCCGUCAGCGAGUAGAACCUCCGCGCCUAAUCCCUAUGAUUCGCAAGGAUCAAAUAUACCCCAAAACGUCUCUUUAGCGAGGACACAGCCUCUCGGAAGAUUUCUGGAUCCAGCUGUGAAUAUCAGCGAUGCUAGAGAGCCAUCUGAAUGUGCUAUAAUAUCCCCACCGGAUAAUCCAAGUGGUGGGGUAGACGCAUCUUUCGUCGAUGGACCUUCGUGGAACGGCCAAUCCUCAGCUGGUCUCAUCUUUGGCAACGUUGCAAACUCAAAUGCACCAUUUUAUCCGGGCACGGCAGGUCAAGAGUCCUUGCCUUUCUCAGAUCCAUCUCUAUUUAUGAAUGACUUUUGGAGUGUGGCAGAUGGACCGUGGAUAAUUGAUGGUAAUCUAUUAUGA